CAGCCGCGAGCUCCCUCACUUGGCUCUCGCCCUCCGGUCGGGAAGCAUGGGGACGUCCGGGCUCAUCUGCGCCUUCCUGCUAGCCUCCUGCUGCUGCUGUCGCCGCGUUGCGGGUGUGCCUGGAGAGGCGGAGAAGCCCGCGCCUGAGCUGCUGGAGGUGGAAGUGGGAGGCACGGCCCUUCUGAAGUGCGGCCCCUCCCAUUCCCAGAGCAACUUCAGCCACGUGGACUGGUUUUCUGUCCACAAGGAGAAGCCAACACUCAUCUUCCGGGUGCGGCAGGGCCAGGGCCAGAGUGAGCCUGGGGAGUACCAGCAUCGGCUCCACCUCCAGGACAAGGGGAUGACUCUGGCCCUGACACACAUCACCCCCCAUGACGAGCGCAUCUUCCUGUGCCAGGGCAAGCGCCCCCGGUCCCUGGAGCACCGCGUCCAGCUCCGGGUCUACAAAGCUCCUGAGGAGCCAACCAUCCAGGUCAAUCCCUUGGGCAUCUCUGUGAACAGUGAGGAGCCUGAGGAGGUUGCUACCUGUGUGGGGAGGAACGGGUACCCCCUGCCUCAAGUCAUCUGGUAUAAGAACGGCCGGCCCUUAAAGGAGGAGAAGAACCGGGUCCAGAUCCAGUCAUUCCAGAUCGUGGAGUCUAGUGGUUUGUACACCUUGCAGAGCGUUUUGAAGGCACAGCUGGCCAAGGAAGACAAAGAUGCCCAGUUUUACUGUGAGCUCAGCUACCGGCUGCCCAGUGGGAACCACAUGAAGGAGUCUCUGGAGGUCAUGGUCCCUGUUUUCUACCCGGCGGAGAGAGUGUGGUUGGAAGUGGAGCCUGAGGGAAUGCUGAAGGAGGGGGACCGCGUGGAAAUCAGGUGUCUGGCUGAUGGCAAUCCCCCACCCCACUUCAGCAUCAGCAAGCAGAACCUCAGCACCAAGGAGAUGGAGGAAGAAAGUACCGAUGACAACGGGAUCCUGGUCCUGGAGCCCGCCCAGAAGGAGCAUAGCGGGCUCUACGAAUGUCAGGGCUUGGACUUGGAGACCACAGCAUCGCUGCUGAGCGACCAACAGGAGCUGCUGGUGAACUAUGUGUCCGAUGUCCGGGUGAGCCCCGCAGCCCCCGAGAGCCAGGAGGGCAGCAGCCUCACCCUGACCUGUGAGGCAGAGAGUAACCAGGACCUUGAGUUCCAGUGGCUGAGAGAAAAGACAGGCAAGGUGCUGGAAAGGGGGCCUGUGCUCCAAUUACGUAACCUGAAGCGGGAGGAAGGAGGAGGCUACCGCUGCGUGGCAUCUGCGCCCAGCGUGCCUGGCCUGAACCGUACCCAGCUGGUCAACGUGGCCAUUUUUGGGUCCCCAUGGAUGACAUUGAGGGAGAGGAAGAUACGGGUGAAGGAGAACACGAUGCUGAACCUGUCCUGUGAAGCCUCAGGGCAUCCCCGGCCCAGCAUCAUCUGGAACGUUGAUGGCACGGCCAGUGAGCAGGACCAAGAUCCGCAGACUGUCCUGAGCAUCCUGAGUGUCCUCGUGACCCCAGAACUGCUGGAGACCGGUGCCGAGUGCGUGGCCUCCAACCUGCUGGGCAGAAACAUCACCAGCAUCAUCCUGGAGCUGGACUCCAACAGGACCAAUAGCCUCAGCACCUCCACCUUCAGCCCUCCUGCCAGAGCCAACAGCACCUCCACAGAGAGAAAGCUGCCGGAGCCUGAGAGCAAGGGCGUGGUCAUCGUGGCCGUGACCGUGUGUGUCCUGGUCCUGGCCGUGCUGGGUGCUGUUCUCUAUUUCUUCUACAAGAAGGGCAAGCUGCCGUGUGGACGGUCAGGCAAACAAGAGAUCACGCUGCCCCCGUCUCGUAAGAGCGAAUUUGUAGUUGAAGUUAAGUCAGAUAAGCUCCCAGAAGAGAUGGGCCUCCUUCAGGGCAGCAACGGUGACAAGAGGGCUCCAGGAGACCAGGGAGAGAAAUACAUCGAUCUGAGGCACUAGCCUGGCGACUCACAAGGCGCUCCCUCCCCGGCCUGGAACAUUUCCUGUUCCCUGCUCACCCUGCCCCUACCCCAGCACUCGGGAUGGUCGCCAAAGCCUCUGAAGUGGACCAGAGAAGAAGCCCCUUCCAGCUGCCCCGCAGGCCGUUUCAGAGGGCACACAGGCUGGGACCCAAGCCGUCCCGAGAAGGACCUCACACGGCCCUGGAGGCCCUCUCUUCAGGGACCUGUCCACCACUACUGUCUCAAUCUGUUGAGUGACACUCAUGCCAAGGAGGGGGCCUCAGUAUCCCAGAAGUUUCUUGCAGAACAUGUUUUCUCUUUACACGUAUUGUGGUUGUAAAUACCUGUUUUCUACCAGCAGCCAAAUUAGGUAGCCUAUUUAUCAUGAGCUGAUUUUCCGCUCCAGGGCUGGCUUCAUAGUUCAGUUCUAUCACUGAAGUGAGUGAGGAUGCUGCGAGCCCAGGCCUCUCUCUGCUGGUGAAGCACGUUGCUCAAACUGGUUCUAGAGACCCCAGCAGUAUCUAGGAGCAGCCCCCUGCCUGCCUUUGGAGUCGCUUUUGCAACACUCCUCUCCCUAGCAGGAGCCAGGACCUGGAGGUGUUUCUUAAAAGAUAUGCUAGGUAUAUCUCACUGUCCCUGCAGUGAGGAAGCUGGGUACCACUUUCCAGAGUUAAGGCCAUUGAGCCCAAGCCCCCACGCCUUCUUCAGGAAUCAACCUAAGACUGAAUGCUAGGAGUUUGGGAUGGAAAUAAGGUCCAGAGUGUCCUUUAUGAGGACUGAGGCUAUAGAGUUAUACCACCACCAGACUUCUACAGACUGAGCUAAUGGGUCUAGACCUUAGCAGAAGAGAAGGACCCUAAUGGGAGAAUGGUACUGAGAGAUGAGAAAUGGGCCUGGCUAGAGCUUUGGGGGUGUGUAUGUGUCUCUGUGUGUGUAUGUGUAUGUGUGUGUGUGUGUAUAUAUAUAUGGUUUUGUUGGGGUGUAAAUUUGCAAAUUGUUUCCUUUUUAUAUAUGUAUAUAUAUAUAUGAAAAAUAAAGCUUAACUGUCCCAGAAAUCUUA